AUGGUCAAGAAGAGUUUGAACACGAGAGCCCUGUCCUCGAAAAGAAUUGAAGCGGCCAGGCGAGAAGAGGUUGUUGCGUCGUCUACCACGGCGACAGCCGGGAUACAUACCGAUAUAGCUCCCACGAGUCAGGGUCUAGGAGCUGGGGAGGAAGAUUUCUUAUUCCCAAAAAUCUACAUCAGACGUCGCAAGACCCGCAGAUACACCAGAUGUAUCCUCCAUAGUAGCCAUGCCAGCCUUGAAUAA